AUGCUCCCGGCGGGACGGGGCGGGACGGGGCGGGACGGAGCGGACCGGGAGGGACCGGCAGGGGUCAGCGGCGCAGCUGCUCCGCGCCCGCCCCGCGGCCGCGCUUAUAGAGGCCGCGGCGCCCGCGCGGCGCCUACAUCGGGCACUACCACCCUCACCCGAGGGGGAGAGACAAGCUACAAACAAACCCUUGCCGGCACGGCCGCCCGCACACCGAGCCCGCCCGCGAAGACCGGCGGGGCGGCGCUUUUCCCGGCCGUCCCGCGGCUCCCGCUGCCGCUGGCGGAGGACGCUGCGGUAGGAAGAAGGCGCCCCGUGGCCGCUCCGGCCUCCCCUAUCCUGCCGUGCAGUGGUGUGGCCCGGAGGAGGCUGCCCGCCGGUGACGUCAGCAAGGGGCGCCCUCUGCUCCCACGGCCGUCACGGCGCAGCGGCCGCCCCGCCCCGCCCGGCCCGGCGGGGAUCGGUUCGGAUCGGUUCGGAUCGGUUCCUGUGGGAGCCGUGAGGGGCCGCGCAGGCCUCGGCACCGCCGGGGGGAGGCACCGGGCAGCCUCGCUGGGACACGGGCAUCGCCCUCCCCACGCGUCCCCAGGACCGCUGCAGAGAAGGACGCGCCCCCAGCGCAGCAUCCCCUGUGGGAGCCUGCGAGGCGCUGCGCUGGGGGAGAGCACUGGAGCGAGCCCCGAUGAGGGGGAAGACCGGAUACAUCUGGAAGGAAGGAGUGGUUGGUGAUCCGAGGAAUCCGUGAGCUGCCCCAAUCGCCCUGCCAUUUCUGGCGGGAUUUGGCAAAGGAAAUCCCUGACAGUAGUGUCCAGGGGGACAGGCAGCCUGGGUUUUGCUGCUGACAGAUUAGAGAUUUCUGGCUUUGUGUCCUGCUCAGGAGAGGAGGCAUCUCUGAGCUCCAAGUCCUCAGCUCCUGCCAGGCAUUUGCUGGAAUUCAGGUGCCAUUCCUGAUGGCCCCGUAGAAAAACACUUUUUUCUUUUCAUUUUUUUUCCCAGAACUGGCUGCUCAUUCUCCUCACCUCUUGUUCCAGCAGAUUUCUUGGAACUACUCACCAUGUACUAAGCUUAGCAAUCCUUAAGAAACUAAUGAAUGGCAGUGCAAUAUGUUUGUUAUUCUUUUUAUUUUUCUGGUGACUCAAGUAGUUGGGUUUGGGCCAAACCACCUCUGCAUGUAAUCUCCAAGGAGGAAGGACAGAAGGUUUCCUGCUGUACUGCGUGUGCUUUUCUCUGCUCUUUUGAGUGUUGGCUUUCCUUAGCCUGUGUGCCUGGGCUUGCAAGACAAUAAAAAAGGCAUUUGUGAAAGCAAAAAAAGUCCCUGAUGAAGCUGUUUAACACAUACUGCUCUGUUCCCAGGACUGGGAAGAGUCAUGAUUUAGCUCCAAAAUGUGAAUCAGUGCUUUAUUGGCAUUCCUUGGGGUGAUUCAAAAGCCCUGCUAGCCUUAUAUGGAAAAUAAAAUCCUUCUGAAAAUACACAAAAGAUAUUAUUAAUUUUAGGUGCAUGUGACUUAGUGAAAAGAGAGAAGUUUUUUCAGGAAUUGAUCUCAGCUGUGCCACGUGCAUCUGACUGAUGUUCCCACAAGGUGGGAACAGUGAGCAAAUGGAGAGAAGGGGUCCAGGUGAAAGGGUGCAUAGGCUGUGAAAUUGCUUUUUUCUUAGUUUUUUUGACCUGAUCUUACCCUGGAGAUGCUGAUGUUUCAAACAUCCUGCCCACCCUGUUAAUCCUUUUCCUAUGCUGUGGAAAUCUCAGGACCAGCAGGCUGUUGUUACUUACUAAAAAAGAUGGUUUGACUGAAGUUUUUCCAGCAUCUAAU